UUGUCAUGUCACCGUUGUUAUUUUAUCACCUUUUAAUUGUGAAAUUCCUUACGGUGAUAUUAACGGGGACAAGUCAAAUUAGAUGAACGUCCGCCAGGGUGGGGUUUGGACUACGACUUCCACCCGUUACUUUCUCUUUCUUCUGGAUACCAUUAGCCAAGGUUUCACAUUUGACGAACCGUUAAUUCUCGAAUAUCGAGAGGAAAAGUUAUACGAAACGGUGCUCAAAAUGAAGCAGCUUUUAAUCGUGGCACUUGUACUAGUUUUAUUUACAUUCUAUGUAGAAGCAGCACUUCAGCCAAGGGCUCCAAAUUUUCAAUAUUUUGAAAGGCCUAAAUACAGAUAUCCAUACUAUGAUGAAAAUGGCGUUGGUCGCCUUCUCUAUGGAUAUGGUGAUGACAAACUCUACCAGUACAAACUGUUUUCACCAUUAGAAGGAAUUCAUUAAAAAUCCUUUUAAUUUGUAUUUAUUUAUUUCUUUUAAUACUGUUAUUAUUACCACUGGGUAAUUGACAUAGUGGCUAGUCAACUUGUAUUUUUUUAUGUACCUAAGCGAGGUUUUUAUUUUUAAAUAAAAAGUUGUA